UAAGUCCAGUACGUGGCUUCAAGCAGCUAGCGGCAUGGGGCUAGCAGGCUAACAGAAAGGCCUUAGAGGGAUGACACAACAGAGGAUCCCACAUACACGCCCACUGUUUCCAUGACAAUCGAUGUCAACAUAUGGGAACAUUUUGAUUUCGUCUACACAAGCCACUAAACAGCUGAUUUAUUUACUAGCUAGAAAAACACGUUUGAUGUUUACAAAUGAUCAACAAAUACGGAAGUGCCAUGAUGAUUGCCCACCCCGGCAGUGAAGUGAGGGUGUUAGUUCGAAGCCGACCGACUGCUAAUUUUGCUCAAGAGCUCAUUGAAUACCUACCAGACGGACAGACAGUGAGUGUCCACCAGAGGAAGGACUCCAGGAAGGGAGUGGUGAACAACCAGCUGAGCUCCUGGUCGUUCCGGCUGGACGGGGUGCUGCAUGAUGUGUCCCAGGAGGAGGUAUAUGGCCGCGUUGGGCGAGGGGUGGUGCUGGGAGCCCUGGAGGGGUACAACGGCACUGUGAUGUGUUUUGGGCAGACGGGGGCAGGAAAGACGUACACCAUGACUGGAGCCACAGAGAAUUACAAACAGAGAGGGAUCAUUCCUCGGGCCCUACAGGAGGUGUUCCAUGAGGUGGAGCAGCGUUCGGACCAUGCCUUCAGCGUCCACUUGUCCUUCCUGGAGAUCUACAAUGAGACUCUUGUGGAUCUGCUGGCUUCUGUACGGGGUUGCCCAGGGGUAGGGCCAGGGGGCAUGGCGGUGGUGGAGGAGGCAGGGGGAGGGGUAUCAGUCAGGGGGCUGUCCCUGCACCCCGUCCACAGCGAGGAGGUGGCCCUUAACCUGCUCUUUGAGGGAGAGAUGAAUCGCAUCAUCGGAGCUCAUGCCCUGAACAAGAACUCCUCCAGAUCUCACUGCAUUCUCACUGUCCACAUUGAGUCUCGCUCCCAUACUCUGUCCGAUGCAAAGUAUGUGACUUCCAAACUGAAUCUGGUGGACUUAGCCGGGUCAGAAAGGCUGGGCAAAACCGGAUCUGAGGGCCAGGUGCUGAAGGAGGCCAUGUACAUCAACAAGUCCCUGUCGUUCCUGGAGCAGGCCAUCCUGGCCCUGGCAGACCGACGCAGGGACCACGUCCCCUUCAGACAGACCAAACUCACCCACGCCCUCAAGGACUCAUUAGGUGGGAACUGCAACACAGUGCUGGUGGCCAACAUCUAUGGAGAGGCUUCUCAGAUAGAAGAGACACUGUCCACACUGCGCUUCGCCAGCAGGAUGAAGUGUGUGCAGAUGGACCCUGUUGUCAACGAACACACUGACCCUGUGCUCCAGGUCAGGAAGCUGGAGAAGGAGAUCCAGCUGCUGAAACAGGAGCUCAGCAUUCACAACACACUGGCGAACCGCAUGGGCAUGUCCUACGACACGCUGUCAGAGACCCAGGUUGCAGAGAUCCAGAGUCAGGUGCGGAGGUAUCUGGAGGGCAGCCUGGACGAGAUCAAUAUUGUGAGCAUCAGGCAGAUCCAGGAAGUGUUUGCCCAGUUCAAGCAGGCCGUGCAGCAGCAGGAGCAGAAGGUGAAGGCCCAGCUGUGUCAGAACUACACCUUGGUGGAGAAAGCCCAGAGUACAGCUGGCUCUACUGCAGCCAAGUCACAGGGCUCCCAAGGCACGGUGGGAGUGGUGGAGGGCCAUGGGUUUGGGGUGGGGCUGGCAGUUCCAUCAGAUAGGCACAUUCAACUCCUGUCUCCAGGCAGGACCAAAGCCAUUAAGACCAAAGAGCUAGCAAGCCAGGGGAGAAAGGAGGCUGUGGAAGGAAGGAGUCCUGGUCCAGGGAAGCAAGUGGAAUCUGUGAACCCGGUCCAGAGAGACCGUGAGGGUCGCGAGCAUGACCCCCAGAACCAGGAGCCUCAAGGACCACAGGAACCCCUUAGGACUGACUCCCCUCCCCCUAAGGCAGAGGCCUUUGAGGACUUCAAGGCAGAGCGGGGCAGCGAGAUCAACCGCAUCCUGAAGGAGAACAAGGUGGUGCUGCUGGAGCGCCGCGCCCGCCUCCGGGAGCUGACGGAGUGCGUGAACACGGCCAAGAGAGAGAUUGACAGCACAAGCACCGCCCUCCACCAGUGGAGAGACAAGAGACAGAUCCAGGGUCAGUUUGUAAGUGCGGAGGGUGUCCCAGUGCUGGAUGAGGCAGAGCUGUCUCUGACCCUGCGUCUGAGGGAGUUGAAAACUCAGUACCGACAGCAGUACGAGGAGCUGCGCGGCACCAAGGCAGAGGUCAGCUACUGCCAGCACCUAGUGGACCAGUGCAGGACGCGCCUAUUGACCGAGUUUGAGAGCUGGUAUAAUGAGUCCUUCCUGCUUCCUGAGGAGGUGCAAGCCAUGCUGAGAUCUGGAGGACCCAUCAGGCCUGGACUGGUGCCUGUGUACAAGGCAUUGGCACUGGAGGAGGAUGAGCAGGAGCACUUUGAGCGUCUGCGCUAUGAGCUGCUAGCAGACAGUCCCAGUGCCAUCUCCUUCUACAAUGCUCAGAACAGGACUGUACAGAGGAGGAACUACAGCAAGGCCAUGUCUCAGACACCAGUCCAGAAGACUACACCAAGAGGCUCUGGGAGAACCAAACUGCCUGCCAUUCUCUCUGUCAUCUGAAGGAGAACUGCUGGAUUCUAUCCAUUUCACCAAUAAUUAUUGCCUCGGAUUUGUCCUGAAUAAAGACACACUGGCGACCUAA